AGCAGGAGGGAUUCAUGCUUCCCCUGGCUCCUUUCUCUUCUGCUCCAGAGAUGAGUCAGUGUGGCCUGGUGACACAGGCAGGACCCCAGCAGAAUAAGUUGGGACAGCAGGUGGCACGCGCCCUGGCAGACACAGACCCCCUUGUUUGGUGACCUGAAUUCCCCGCCAAGAGCCCCGAGACAAGCAGGACCAUCCUUUCUGCAUGAGUUCCUGGGUCAAAAGAUGAGCCUCCAACAGCAGCGGGACGCCUCCCCCGCCGCCUCACACAGACUCCCUUUGUCUGUGGACUGCUGGGGUGACAAAGGGAAAUAUUCAGCAGUAGGGCUGGGACGGGCUCAAGACACCGAACGGGCAGUGGAAAUCCUGACGAGAUACCAAAGCACCCUGCGCUCCCCAGAGGAACAGGAGCUGAAAGCCUCCAUUGGAAAGAUCUCACACAUCUUCCAAAGCGAACUAUUCCAGGCUCUUCUGGAUAUCCACGAAUUCUACGACUUCACACUGCGCUCAGCACCUCUGCAGCCUCCCAGCCCAGCAGUGCAUCGUGGCACAGCCCAGCACCUCAGCCCCAGAGAGCCCCACGGCCCCCCCGAGCCACCAGCCCAGGAUGGUGAGCAAAGGCUGCUGGCGAUGACACCGGGGACUCCCCCAAGGCUGGUGAGGGUGACAGCACGCCGGACGGAGGCACCGACCAGCGUCUGCAGCCUGGUGCUGGGCUCCCGCAGUGCCCUGCCACAGGCCAACCCUGCUCCCAUUAUCGUGAACACAGACUCGCUGGAACAAGGGCUCUCUGUGAACGGCAGUGAUGGGAUGUUCAAAUACGAGGAGAUCGUCCUGGAAAGGGGUAACUCCGGCCUCGGCUUCAGCAUAGCAGGAGGGAUCGACAACCCCCACAUUCCAGAUGAUCCCGGCAUCUUCAUCACCAAAAUCAUCCCCGGGGGAGCGGCGGCCAUGGAUGGACGUUUGGGGGUAAAUGACUGCGUGCUGCGGGUCAACGACGUGGACGUCUCCGAGGUGGUGCACAGCAAAGCAGUGGAGGCCCUGAAGGAAGCAGGCCCCGUGGUGCGGCUCGUUGUGCGGCGCCGGCAGCCCCCACCGGAGACCAUCAUGGAGGUCAACCUGAUGAAGGGACCCAAAGGACUGGGCUUCAGCAUCGCGGGGGGCAUUGGGAACCAACACAUCCCUGGGGACAACAGCAUCUACAUCACCAAGAUCAUCGAGGGAGGCGCUGCCCAGAAGGACGGACGCCUGCAGAUCGGGGACCGGCUGCUGGCGGUGAAUAACACCAACCUGCAGGACGUGCGGCACGAGGAGGCGGUGGCUGCGCUGAAGAACACUUCUGAUAUGGUGUACCUGAAAGUGGCCAAGCCUGGCAGCCUGCACCUCAACGACAUGUACGCGCCCCCCGACUACGCCAGCACCUUCUCAGCCUUGGCUGACAACCACAUAAGCCAUAACUCCAGUCUGGGCUAUUUGGGUGGUGUGGAGAGCAAGCCUGCAUACCCUGCCCCCCCACAGGUGACCCCCUCCAGAUAUUCACCCAUCCCUCGGCACAUGAUCGGGGAUGAAGACUUCACCAGAGAGCCCCGGAAAAUCAUCCUGCACAAAGGCUCCACCGGCCUGGGCUUCAACAUCGUCGGGGGAGAGGACGGAGAGGGCAUCUUCGUGUCCUUCAUCCUAGCCGGAGGCCCCGCCGACCUCAGCGGGGAGCUGCGGAGGGGAGAUCGCAUCCUGUCGGUGAGCUGCGGGACGGGAGGAGGCGGAGCUGUCCCGGGGACGCCGGUGAACGGUGUGAACCUCCGUAACGCCACCCACGAGCAGGCGGCGGCGGCGCUGAAGCGGGCGGGGCAGACGGUGACCAUCAUCGCGCAGUACCGGCCCGAAGAGUACAGCCGCUUCGAGUCCAAGAUCCACGACUUGAGAGAGCAGAUGAUGAACAGCAGCAUGAGCUCUGGCUCUGGCUCACUUCGGACAAGCGAGAAGAGGUCCCUCUAUGUCCGAGCUCUGUUUGACUAUGACCGGACCCGGGACAGCUGCUUACCCAGCCAGGGGCUCAGCUUCUCCUAUGGGGACAUCCUGCACGUCAUCAAUGCCUCUGAUGAUGAGUGGUGGCAAGCCAGGCUUGUGACACCUCAUGGUGAGAGCGAGCAGAUAGGAGUCAUCCCCAGCAAGAAGAGGGUGGAGAAGAAGGAGAGAGCGCGGUUGAAAACAGUGAAAUUCCACGCCAGGACCGGCAUGAUAGAGUCCAACCGGUCGAUCAAAACGAAACGUAAAAAGAGUUUCCGCCUCUCUCGAAAGUUUCCAUUUUACAAGAGCAAAGAGAACCUGGCCCAGGAGAGCAGCGGACAGGAACAGGGCGUGACAUCAAACACCAGUGACAGCGAGAGCAGUUCCAAAGGACAAGAGGACACUAUCCUGUCAUACGAGCCGGUGACACGGCAAGAAAUUCACUACGCCAGGCCAGUGAUCAUCCUGGGGCCCACAAAGGACCGAAUUAACGACGACCUCAUCUCUGAAUUUCCACACAAGUUUGGUUCCUGCGUGCCACACACCACCAGGCCUCGGCGUGACAAUGAGGUGGAUGGACAGGAUUACCACUUUGUCGUCUCCCGAGAACAGAUGGAGAAGGAUAUUCAGGACAACAAGUUCAUAGAGGCCGGGCAGUUCAACGACAAUCUCUAUGGGACCAGCAUUCAGUCGGUGCGGGCGGUCGCAGAGAGGGGAAAACACUGCAUCCUGGAUGUAUCUGGCAAUGCUAUCAAGAGGUUGCAACAAGCACAACUUUACCCCAUUGCCAUUUUCAUCAAACCCAAAUCCAUCGAAGCGCUCAUGGAGAUGAACCGGAGGCAGACAUACGAACAGGCCAACAAGGUCUUUGACAAAGCCAUGAAACUCGAGCAAGAAUUCGGAGAGUAUUUUACAGCCAUCGUACAAGGAGACUCUCUGGAAGAGAUUUACAGCAAAAUCAAACAGAUCAUCGAGGACCAAUCCGGGCACUACAUCUGGGUCCCGUCCCCAGAGAAGCUCUGAAGCUGUCCCCUACCUGCUGGGACCAUCUCUGACGUCCCACCCCACCUGUGCCCUCUGCCCCAAGGGGGGGGGAUGUGCAAACGAUUCCUGCCCCCUUUUUUUAGAUCGUCGCAAAAUUGAGUUUUCUAGUCCUGUUUCUUUUGUUGGGAUGAACUGAUCUCAUUCAUCACGUGACUGUUCCCACCAUCCCUGCAUGGACCUUCCCACUGCUCCAUUAGAGACAGAUGAGAACCCAUUCAAGAGUCGUUUUUUAUUAUUAUUAUUAUUAUUAUUAUUAUUAUUAUUAUUAUUAUUAACUAAACCAAGAAUCCAGAAGGGAGGAGGCGGCUGAGGACUGACAUAAGAAACAAGUGGAACAAUGGACUCUGAGAACACAGCAGUGUCAGAGCUCCAGGGCAUUUCUUCCAGGUGUGACUGCCUAGCAGCUCUGAGCAGUGCGACAGAACGGCAGCAAGAAGGCAUUUUAUUUAUCUGUAUAUGUAAUUUAUAUAUAAUAUAGAGAAAGAUAUUAUAUAUAUAUUAUAUAUAUAUAUCCGUGUGGACUAGGAAACCUGAGGGACCUCUUCAAAGGUACUGUGUGAUUGCAAGGAUCUUUCAGUUUCUUUGUCCCACCCGCUGAGCAGAAACGAUCCUGGCAGCACCACGAGCAUCUCCUGCUGCCCUGCCAGCAGCCCCAGGUUGGGGAGCAGCACAGAGCCCCCAGAAGGGCCCGGAGCUCUGGGCUGACCCAGGAGCCACAGACUGAACAGGAGGCUGCGGAGGGAGAGAAUGGAUGAUGCUACAUAUUAAAUUGCACAUUGUUUUACAUGCCACCGUAUGUGUUUGCAUGAAAGGUUUCCUUUUAGUUCUAUUUUUUUAAGCUGAUGUUAAACCAAAACCAUAUUGUGUUGCUGUGUUGGCUUUUUGGUUGUUUUUUUUUUUUCAUUAUUCCAUUUAUUUUUUUUUUCUCUUGUUAAUAAUGAACUGAACGGGUAUAAAAUCCAGUUUUUUAACUUAUUUUUUAAGCUGGCUUGUACUGUAAAUAGAAUCCAGAUCCGAGGUGUUUAGUUAGGAAAUACUCUACCAGCCUCAUGAAACAAUGUACUCGCUGUCCUGUGUUGCUGUGGAAAACCUGGGAUGGCAGGCUGGCCCUGGACCUGUGCUGAAAGGUGAAUGAUUCCUUCUGCUGUUGGCUGCUGCCACAAAGAACCCCAGCUGUGCUCCGGGUGGUUGCUCCCAGGCUUUCAUAUUAGCAGGAAUGGGGCAGCAGCUGAAAGCCUUCCUCUUUCCUCCUUCCUUCUCUGGUGUCACACGUGCUGCUCUGCUCCCUGUGUGCGUGGUGGUGGCCUUGGGUGGGAGCUCCAUCCUCCAGCACUGGGAGCAGGGGGAAGUGAGCGCUCACCUCCUGGUUCUGGCCUCGCUCUGAUGUUGGGCUCUGUGCCAUCUCUCAGAUUUACCUUCGGGAACUGCUUUGGGUGCCUCCUGCUUGUGGUUUUGGGGGGAUGGAGUCGUUCACUGCAGCAUCCUGUGGUUUCCCAAUUGAGGCAGCUGUUAGUGCUGGGAGCCGGCCCUGUGCAGAGGAACGUCCCUUCUGGAGGAAGCUUUGGCACCGGAGCGGGGCUCCAUUAUGGGAACAGGGCUGCGUGAAGCUGUGGGGCAGCUCAGACUUCAGGCUGCAUUUUCAGGUGCUGACAGCCAAGGUGGGAAAGCCUCCUCCUUACAGACUGCAAACAAACAGUGCUCUCAGACAGAGGCAGGCAGCAGCAGGUAAGUCUGGGCCAUCUUCCCUCCCCUUUCUGUGUGGGGCUAAGAGUGCAGCAGUGCCAGUGCCCUUCCCUGGAGGUCACGGCUGUGGGUGCACAGCUUGCUGCUGCACAGAUGCUCUGCUGAGACACAGCACUCAUCCUGCACCAUGCAGAGCCUGCAGGGACCGAGCAGCCUGCUGGGCCAGAAAGCAGCGCUGCAAGCAGACACUGCUGUGAAUGCAGUGGAGGGGAGGAAGGAUUCUGCAGCCAACAGGGCCUGCCCUAAAAGAGUGAACUGCUGUGGGUCCCUGAAGCAGCACAGGGAGUGACACACAGGUCCUUGCAAUGCUCGGCACACAGUUCUUGUCUCAGCUGUUUUUCUAAUAGCCUGUCCUCAAGCCCCAUGGAGGAAAAGCUGAUGUACUCCAUGGCACAGCUGACAGAAACAAAUGGAUCACGCCGCUCGUUGGUUACUGGUGUUUCUUCCAAGGAGACGUAUAUUUUUAAUAAACAGAGAGUUGCACAGA